GGUAUACCUAAGAAUGAUCCGCAUAGGUAGUCCUUAGUCGAAUCUUAUUCCUGCUCCUGCAGGUGCAGCAUCCCUUGAUGCCCGCGCGAACCUGAUCGGGUAAUAAAAGGCUUUUAGCUCGUGUAUCGGUGCAUAGCGCAUACGUUCGUAUGUUGUGAGUCAACUAUAGGUAAUACCGGCAACGGUGUAUUUAGGUACUUACGCAUUCGUCGAAUUCGUCGACAGUUGAGAAAAUGAUCGCAGUUCACCGAGUCGAGACGUUGAGCGCAGUGAAAAAAUAAAGACUUCGGUAUAACAGUGUGAGUCAAAGUGACAGUUUUUAGUGAAUAUACUUGCGAUGGUUAUAACUUUUUCCGAACUUACUUGCAUAAUAUGUAUCUUAAUACGACAAUGUAAUAUACCUUGAUAUUGAAAUUUUUCUGCAACAAAGGAGUUAGCAGUUAUACAAUAUGGUUGAGGACUGUUUGAAACCUUGUAGCAUGCACAUCAAUUAAUUCAGGAUGCAUGGUUCGAGCAGCGACAUCAUCGACGACGACACCAACAGCACGAGAAACUUUCUCAGUUUCUUAAAGAACAAACCGGUAACACCACCGCCAAGUCCAUGCUACUGCAGCUGCGGUUUGAGAAACGAAGAAAGCCGCAUAGUCGGCGGCCAAACGACUCUCGUCAACGAAUUCCCCUGGCAGGUCAGACUGUCCUACAUGAACAAGUUCUACUGCGGCGGCACCCUCAUCAACGACCGCUACGUCCUAACCGCCGCGCAUUGCGUCAAGGGGUUCAUGUGGUUCAUGAUCAAGGUUACCUUCGGCGAGCACGACAGAUGCUCCCAGAAGGCCACGCCGGAGUCGAGAUUCGUCGCGAGGGCUUUCAUAGGGAACUUCAGCUUCCUGAACUUCGACCACGACAUCGCUCUGCUCAGACUCAACGAGAGGGUUCCUCUGUCGGAGACCAUCAGACCCAUAUGUCUGCCGUCUAACAAAGAAAAUCUGUACGCGGGAGCUAAAGCACUGGCUUCCGGCUGGGGAACGCUGCACGAAGACGGCAAAGCCACCUGCCUUUUACAAUCGGUCCAACUGCCCGUUAUGAGCCUGGAGGAGUGUCGCAACACCAGUUACAGCGCUCGCAUGAUAUCCGAAAACAUGAUGUGCGCCGGAUACAAGGAGGGGAAGAAGGACUCGUGUCAGGGCGACAGCGGAGGUCCUCUGGUAGCCGAGCGAAUGGACAAGAAGUACGAGCUGAUUGGCGUCGUCUCGUGGGGAAACGGAUGCGCCAGACCAGGCUAUCCCGGGGUUUACACUCGGGUGACUCGCUAUCUCGAUUGGAUCAUGGAGAAUUCCAUCGACGGCUGCUUCUGCGAGCACAAUUAGCCCACUUACGCUCAUACUCUCUGUAUUCACUUUUUAUCCAUUAUCGUGUUUGUGCCAUUUUUACAAUGCGAAAAGUAUGCACGUUCGUUACUAGUUUUUUAAGAGCCGCACGCUUUGAGACGUGCCUAUAUUUAUUAUUUAUAUACGUGUGUAAUUUCCAGUAGCGAUAAUAAAUUAUUCUAAAUCUAA